AUGGCAUCAAAGGCCGUGCAGCCGCCGCCAUGCGCUUUCAGCUUCUCCUCCUCCCCAAUCCAUCGCCUCUCUCCGCCUUCUGCUCGACCUCCUCUCCUCUGUUACUCUUGGCCUUCCUCUUCUCUCUCACGUCGCUGCAACCACACCCUCAGUCUAACUCUCUGUGCUGCCUCUUCUUCUUCUUCCUCAGCCUUAGAAGGCGGCAAGGCAUCAGAAAAAGUAUUUCACGGAGAGUGCUUUGUUUUGGACGACAACAUCGACACGGACCAGAUCAUCCCCGCGGAGUACCUGACCCUCGUUCAUUCGAACCCGGAGGAGUAUGCGAAGCUGGGGAGCCCGGCGCUCUUAGGGCUCCCUUCCCGGUACCCUCGCUUCGUGGCACCCGGGCAGCCCUUGUCCCGCUAUGCCAUCAUCAUUGCGGGCGCCAAUUUUGGGUGUGGCUCGUCGAGCGAGCAUGCCUUUGUUGCCCUAGGUGCGUCAGGCGUCAAGGCCGUGGUGGUUGAGUCCUAUGCGCGCAUCUUCUUCAAGAAUUUGGUGGCGACUGGAGAAAUUUACCCCCUUGAAUCCGCAGAGGGGUGGCUUUGCAAAGAGUGCAAGACGAAGGAUUUGGUGACUGUGGAGAUGGAGAAGGAGAGGGGACUACUUACGGACCACACCACUGGGAAGGAGUAUAAGCUCAAGCAGAUCGGGGAUGCGGGGCCGGUGAUUGAGGCUGGGGGAUCUUUGCAUACGCUCGCAAGACCGCAAUUGGACAAAGUAGAAAGAGCACGAAAGCCUCCUUCGAUAAGAGAGCACGCAUGCGUGGCCGGCUUCGUCCACUUCAACUUAUUAGCAUUAGCUGCACUCCGUAGGUAGUUUGGUGGAAUUAGAUGAAUGAGGAGUAGAUGAAAUUAGGUUGGGCAAUCCUAGUAUGCAUCAACAUCUUUAGACAACUGUUCUUCCUCAGCAACAUACAUUUAAGAAUUGCCUUUGUUUCAAGUGGAAAGGUUUUGAUGCAUUUUGUUUGAACAUCUUCAUUUAUGAUUAUGUAACUAACAUGGAGGUAAAUGAGGACAGCCAACAAUAGUCUCACCAUAAAUUUAGUGUAAUACUCCAGGUUCUCUUUUCACCCUUAGAACCCUCAGAGGAACGUGAAAUUUAUUGAGCCAUCUUUGACAAGCAUGUUCAAUCUAUAUGUUCAUUUGGCAAUAUGUUAGUGAAUCUGAUCUUAUUGGGAUUAAAUAUCAUGUAGGGUGUUUGAUAAUGCAUUAUGUCCUACAUUUCUGUAUUAUGGUGGUUUGUUAUUUAUUUACUUAUGUUAAUGGUGGUUUAUUUUUUCUCUUUGUUAUUGUUGGAUUGGAAGAGGAAGAAUGGGACUGUAUCAAUUGGAGUAGUUUUCCCCACCGAAAAAGCACUUGCUGCUGGCAGGGAAGGGAUAGUUCCAGAAAUCUAGUAAAUUUUUUUUGAGAUUAUGUUUUUUUUUUGGAAGUUCUCUAUGGGGCUGUAGCAAUUGGAGUAAUUUUCUCUCCUCGGAAAAGCAAGGAAAUCUAGCAAUUGAUUUUUGAGAUGAUUGUUUGUUAUAGUCACAGAUGGACUUCUUUGAAAUGGAAUGAUGUAUAUUGAGGAAAGACUUGAACUGGUUUUUAAGAGGGGAGGAGAGAGAGAGAGAGAGUGAGAGAGUGAGAGAGAGAGAGAUGUAUAUUGAUGAAAAAUGGUUAUUGAAUUUGUGUUUGUGUUAAGAGAGAGAGAGAUAGAAUCCUUAGUAUGUCUUUUUAUUUGCAAUCCCAUAUGUAAUUGUUAAUUGGGGUUGAUUGAGACAUGAAAUCAUGUGCUAUGUGUUUUGGGAGUUGAUUUGGAUCUUGUUGCACUAAAGAAUUAAAGCAACUUGCACCUAUGUGGAAGAAGCAAUUUGUUAAAUGGAUGAAUAGCCUCUAAGUCUAUUGCCAUUGAAUUUAUUUAAUAGUCAUAGCUAGUCAUCCAUCUUUUAAAUUGUAUUAGGUAUUUCAUAACUUUUUACCUAAAAAAUAUUGGGCAGGUUUUUUACAUAUAUUGGCAUUGAAUUUACAUGUUUUUCAUAAAUUUUUCACUUUUUCAGUGGCUUGAAAUCAUCAAACUGGGUUUCGGGUUGGGUCAGGGCAACCCGAAUAGUAACGCAACAGGUACAGAUCGGGUCUUGGGUCCUAAUGCAUGUUCUUGGUACGGGUACGGGUAUGUCCGGGUCCGAGUAUGGGUCCAUCUAGUGUUAUUUCGGGUUCGGCUAUGGGAACAGCCGGACCUGACCCGUAUCCACCCCUAUCUUCAUUAGAUAAUAGACUGCAACUCUUCUCCCAACGUGCUGAAUAAUGCCCUUCCUGCUCCCACUUGUCACCCCAAACCUACCUAAAAACCUACUUUUAAUCAUCUUGAAAUGUGAACUAUUCUAGGUUAACCACCUCCAUUACUCGAUCCCCUUCUUAACAUCCUACUAGUUCAUCAUCUAGAUCCACUUGCUUUGUUUCUUGCAAGUCCCUUCACCUCCAUACAGCCACUCUUGGAAAUCAAGGACAAACUGCUUUUGUUGGCUAUUUGUUGAGUUUCCUUUAUAGUGUCCAAAGAACAACCGAGGUGGACUGCUAUAUUUUUAGUAAAGUUGCACAAUGUUGAGCUGUGAAGAUCAUGGAUAUGUCUACCACAUGAUUAGUAAUAUUUAUAAAUAUGUCCGAAGCAUGGAGGGAUGCAUGUGUCAAAAAUAUCAUAAAAAAGUCAAAACAAGAAGACAAUUAACACAAGCUAGGCGAUACAAUGUGAAAAUCAAAAGUUUCAGUUGGGAAUGUAGGGCAUCAACCUCAUUGCCAUUGGAAGCAUUGCCAAUGCAGUAGGAACCUCUCGACCUAGUCAUAAUGGAUCACUAUUAAAUCCUUCACGGUAAGACCUGGUUCAAGUAUUAUCAUCAUAUCAUCAGGAAUAUUUGACUCCAUGAUCAUUUGCUUGACCUGCUGCUUCUGCAAGAAGCUUUCCCAACAAAGUAGAACAGAACUCAGCUUAACCAAUUGGAAUAACAUUUUAUUUUUAUUUUAUUUUUUUAACAUAAUCCACUACUACAAUACCAUUGACAACCCAUUAUCUUCAUUCCCACCCGUAGUAAACAUUGUACGACCAUAUCCACUCCAUUAAUCUAAAGAACAAGCUCAACUACCGGUCCUUCCGCAAAUGGUAAUUCACAAGCAAUGAAUUCUCCACAAGCAAUGUCAUUCUCCCAAUCCAGAGUAUCAAUAAAUCACCGGCUUCAAGCCUGACACUUCAAUGGAAGAACAAAAAUACUUCUUCCAAUGAGUAUAUUUACAAAAAACUCACUAAAUUGUUGAUUGCUAUGGUCAUCGGUUUUCAACUCAUUAUCUUUAUACAUAGAAAUAAGUAUAGAGCAAAUUGUCAGAUUUGCUGUGGGAACCAAUGGCCAUAAAAUAUUCAUCUUCAUUCAAAUGUAUCAACAACAAAUGUGGUGGAGUGAAUCAGCAAUGAAACAGUUCAUAUUCAUAAUCAUGGUCGUCUAAACAAGCAUUAGGGAAACAUAUUAGAGUGUGAAUACUAUAUCCAAUCUCUUUUCCCUAUUAUCAACCUGGCAUAAGGGUGAGGGAGAGAGACAACACAGAGAAACUCUAAGGGAUUGCAGAUAACAAGAAACCAGGUCACCAGUCAAUCAUAAAUCCCAUAUACAAAAAGUAAAAUACUCAAAAAAGUACAUUUGAGUACCAUCUCAUCUACAAGAGAGAGACUAAACAAAGAGCACUUGAAUACUAUCUCAUCCAAGGAAGAGAGAGAGUGAGCAGGCUGAAGAGAAAGGUUGAGAAGGGGAAAGCAUCAUACCAUCUCAAUUCUUGCGAUCCUCUACUACAACAAUCCAAAAACCAAAAGGAAAGAUGCCACUUGCAAUUCUUGC